AAUGUUGUUUGAACAACAACAAAAAUCAAAUGAAGUUAGAGAAGUGAACUUACAUGAUAAGUUUUAAAGGAAAGUAAAAGCUGAUAACAACAACAACAGCAUAAAGCCUGGAUAUUAUCAGUGACCAAGAAAUCAGAAACCUGCCUAGUCCCAACAUGUUUAUUCUUAGCCUAUGUAGAGGAGGGUCUUUGUUUGUCCCCUAAUGAGCUCUCCCUCUUUGUUUGUACCUAAUUCUGCUACUUCUUUGCUCAUCUGUGUCUAGGAUAUUUUGAGACCUUGUUGUUAAGCUGAAGAAGAUGUUGAUUAUCUUGGGCAGAAUAAGUUGCUUGGUCUUGAGAUAUGCUUGAGAUGCAGAACUGGAUUGACACUGCCUAUGUAUUCCUUUCCAGACAUGACUGUUUUAUUAUGGAAGAGUUUCCAUGGAGUUACUAAGAGCAGGUUGUUCCAGCAAAGAAUGCUGUGUCUGUAUAACAAUACUCAUGGUUUUGAAGAAGAUGAAAUAAAGAAAAAGCUUCAGCAGUUUACAGGUGGCUCUGUUGACCUUUCUAAAGAAGAUGAUGGGAUUGGAAUACUUACACUGAACAAUCCAAGGUUUAUGAAUGCAUUUACAGGAACAAUGAUGAUAGAACUACAGGAAAGAAUUAUUGAACUGGAAAAUUGGAAGGAUGGGAAAGGACUUAUCAUCCAUGGUGCAGGAAAUACUUUUUGCUCAGGAUCUGAUCUGAAUGCAGUAAGAGCACUUUCCAGUUCUCAGGAUGGGAUGAACAUGUGUAUGUUCAUGCAAAACAUCUUAACCAGACUCAUGAGGUUACCUCUCAUCACAGCUGCAUUAAUUCAGGGGAAAGCUCUAGGUGGAGGAGCAGAACUCACCACUGCAUGUGAUUUCAGGUUAAUGACUUCAGAGAGUGAAAUUAGAUUUGUCCACAAGCAGAUGGGCUUAGUGCCAGGCUGGGGGGGAGCUGCCAGGCUUACCCAAAUCCUUGGCAGCAGCCCUGCCCUCAAGUUGUUGAGUGGUGCUGUGAAACUGGAUCCAGAGAAUGCCCUUCAUAUUGGCCUGGUAGAUUCCAUCUUGUCCUCGUCUGAUGAACUCGAGUCUCUGAGAGAAAUGCACACAUGGCUUGAGCUAUACACAAUGGGCCCUGCUGAAGUCAUUCAGGCUGUGAAGAAAGUUGUUUCAGCAGGAAGAGAGCUACAAUUAGAAGCUGCCUUGAGAAGAGAAAAGGAGAUAUUUGGAACAGUUUGGGGUGGUCCUGCUAAUUUGCAGGCAUUGGCUCAGAGAACAAAACAUAAAUGAGUAAUAUAUAAAAGGAAUAGUUUUGAUCUUACUUUCUUCAACUGAAACAGCUGCUGCCAAAGAUGACUUGUGGGAAGCUUUCCAAACCUUAUGAACUCAGUAGGUGUUAACCUUAUUAGACCAGCUCUCCUGAAAUGCCACUGGCACCCCAUUGGCAAUCAACUAGAGGUGUCACCCCAGGCUUUUUUUUAAACAAUACUCCCCUCUUCCUCUACUGGUCUUGUCUCCCUCCUUUCCUUUCUUCAGACUCCUACCCAGAUGGUACAUCCUGAUAUCUGUAAGCUCCACUUGGAAAUUAAUGUACAUAAAGUAGCAUGCUUAUAGUGUAAGAACCAUCAGACUUGAGAAAAUAGUUUUCCACAGAAUUUUCAAAUGCUGGCAUUAUGAUGUGUGGCUUGUACGUAUAGACAUUGUGUUGAGAAGCUGCCUUUUCAAACAGGUUUAGUUAACAUUGGUAUCCUCAACUCUAAAGUCCUAGAGAUGAUCAUGAGUAAUUUAUGAUUCUUACCCGUCAUGCCUUUGAAUAACUAGUUCAUUGUGAAUUGACCCAUAACCCCAAAUUGAAACUGCAAAAAUAUCAAAUACUUUUUCUUUGUAAGUAGUUCUUUCUGAACUGGUUAUUUAUAAGCAAAGCCCCUGCCUUGAAGCCUCAUGUCUAAUAACUGGGUUCUUAUUCUCUGAACUAAGCUCUUGGAGACAUUCACUUUCCAUGUGAACUUCUUACCUUCACUUUAUAUAUUUAUAAAGUUGAUGUAAGGAAGAAAUGCUCACUCUGCUGCAUGGCAACAUUUGACAUUUUGAUAUUCAUGCUACCAUUUGCCAUGUCUGUGAAAUUUAUUUAAUGGCAUCUAGUCCAUGCAUCAUCGCAGUAUUUGAUGGUACCAUCACUCUAAGGAUAACAUUCUGUUGACUUUGCCUGUUCUACACUGUACUUAGCUUGUAUGAGGAAGCAUCUUCAAAGUGGUUUUCAAAUGUCCAUAUGCAAACAACGUUCACUUGCAAUGAAUAAUUACUGAACAAAGACAUUGAGAGAGGUAUUGAGAGAGAGGGAGAGAGACUGACUCUUUUAGGCUGAGAUUCCUACAUAUCUCAUGCUAGAAGUAAAGUACACCCUACAUACUCCUUGUUCAGUUUAUACUAGCUGAUCAGUCAUGAACAGGGCUAUGCAGUGCUUCUGAUGCAUAUCCCAAAAGUGCUUUGGAAUACAUGGAGUAGUAAAUGGAGCAUCUGUCUAUAACUUUUUACAACAGCAGUUCAUUUUCCCAGGACAGUGUGGCGAUUGGACUGUGUUUUCUGAAGGACCAUUCUGGAAUCAAAUCCAAAGAAUUGCACAGCCUUAAAACUAAUCUUUGUGAAUAAGCUUAAAUUAUAAUAGCACGUUCAACAAUCUAGGGACCUGUUCAGGCAAUAAUUGAAUCUUUGCUUGCUGGCUGAGACUGGAUGCUGACAGCACAACCAUAUGUAUAUCUGCUCUGAAGUAUCAGUAUAUUCCAUUGAACUUACUCGUAGACAGGUAAGUAUAUACGGUACUGUGCAAAAAUUUUAGGUAGGUGUGAAAAAAUGCUGUAAAGUAAGAAUGCUUUCAAAAA